CGCGUGGGCGUGUUGACGUGUUCGGACCGCGCCGCCGCGGGGACGUACGCGGACGAGAGCGGGCCGUUAGUUGAACGCGCGGUGUGUGAGUACGCCGCCGCGUCUGGGGCGUUGGUCAUCGCGGAGACAUCGCGCGUCGUCGUCGCCGACGACGUCGACGACAUCGAAGCCGCGCUUCGAGACUUGACGUCUCGAUGCGACCUCGUGCUCACCACCGGUGGUACCGGGUGCGCGCCGCGCGACGUCACCCCCGAAGCAACCGCGCGCGUGCUCGCGCGCGAGAUCCCGGGCAUUCCAGAAGCCAUUCGCGCGGUGACUUCGAUCGCCGAGCCGCGCGCGGCGCUCUCUCGCGCCGUCGCCGGCGUCGCCGUCGCCGGCGCGCUCGUCGUCAACCUCCCGGGCGCCCCGCACGCGGCCAAGCAGUGUUUGGGCGUGUGUUUACCCUUAUUUCCUCGCGUUCUAGACACCUUAGCC